AAGCACCAUUGUUAACCCCGGCACCGGGGGUCCUGCCGGCACCGACACCAGAUCAGCGACCUCUCCGGCACCGUCUCACCUUCACUCGGUGCCUGGUUGCCCUGUGCUUCAGGCUAGGGAUGAGACUUCAACAUAUAGAAAGUCAUUGUCAAAGACCCGUUAUAGGGACCGAUCUCGGCUACUUUUCCACCUCGAGGAGUAGGUACAGCCGGCACGAUUAUAGGGACGCGGUGUAUUUAGAUGCACAUUGGUCCCGUUCACCCUCCCGUCUCUCGAGGUACGGAUCGGUGAGGCACUCUCCAUGUCGCGUCUAUUAUAUCCAGCAUGAUAGCGCACGUUCUUCUCGAUACCCCCUCCAUCACGCUCUGAACGUUACCGUGAGCGCUAUCAUAGAUCAUAUGUCAAUCCUCCCCAGCGUCACUAUUCACCACCAUCGCAUAGGGGAUCUUCUCACAUCUGCCAAUCACCGUUAGCGGAAUACUUACCUCAUCGAUCACAACCACUGCGCUCACCUUCUCCAACUAAGAGCCCAACAAUCCAGUUAGACCAAUCCGAACCAGAGGAGGGUCAGUUAUCGGAAACAGAGGACCCUAAGACGGAAGCUUCCCCUGCGGACUGCCCAUCGUCUUCCCCGGAUGAAGUGAUUUGCCCAGUUGAAAUCUCCCCACUGAAUGAUCUGAAACAUUUUCAGGAUCUCUUCAAACGAGUGGCAGACACGCAGGACAUACAGCUAGCAGAUGUGCCUGUUAAGAAACAUCGCCUUUUGAAGAACCUCCGCCCUCAACAACGUGCGAAAGUCGCGUUACCAAUCGAUGAGGCGAUUAUGGAAGUGGCGGACGAGAUAUGGCAAACCCCAACAUCGGUUGCACCUACAAGUAAAAAAGCUGAUAGAAAAUAUUUUGUUCCAGCAAAGGGGUUGGACUUUUUAUUCAAUCACCCCCAACCCAAUUCACUGGUAGUAGACGCAGCGCAACGUAGGGGUAAGGUGCCACAAUACAGAAAUUUGUCCUUUCGGACAAGGACAAUAAAAAAUUGCAUAUUUUUAGGAGGAAAGUCUAUUCCUCAGCUACACUUUUACUUCGCAUUGCAAAUUACUCAGCCCAUUUGUCGAACCAUAACUUCGAUAAUUACUCCAAACUAGCAGAUUUGUUGCACCAUCUCCCAGACACCAAGAAACCACUCCUGAAAGCAAUAGUACAGGAGGGGUACGCGUCAUGUAGCGCUGCACUUCAGAUUGCUAUGGAUGUGGCUGACACAGCAGCUCGGGCCGCUGCGACUGGUAUCGCCAUGAGGAGAUCAUCUUGGCUUUCGUCAGCAGGGGCGCUGAAGGAGUUGCAAAGCAAGGUCGAGGAUCUGCCCUUUGACAAAUCUAAACUUUUUGUGGCAAACACUGAUGAGGUCCUCCACUCAGGAAAAGACUCACGCACCACGCUACGUACACUGGGGAUGUACACACCUUCCUUCAAACGUAGGCGUUAUUUCCCUUACCAACGGAGAUAUGACUUCAAUUUUGCUAGACAGCAAUCACGUCCUUUUGACAACCAGCGUCCUAGACAACGCCCCCAGCGUAAACGACCACAGCAGAACCAUUCGGGUAAUCAGCAGUCGACUAAGCAACAAAUUUGACUUGCUUGUCGAGGAUGCAAACCAAUUGCCCAUAGUCAGUACGGAAGCUCAUCAUCUUUUUCACCAUCAUCUACGCUCUUUUUACCACCACUGGUCUACGAUCACCACAGACAGAUGGGUGCUAAAGGUAGUUCAAUCCGGCCUCUCCAUCCCUUUUCUCUCUAUUCCCUCUACCACGCCGCCCUCCCCGUCCCUCUUCAGGGACCCCUCUCACGAGAAACUGUUGGAACAAGAAGUUCAACGUUUGCUCACCAUCGGGGCGAUAGAGGGAGUUCCCAAGCAGUUUUGGGGAAAAGGUUUUUACUCCCGAUAUUUCCUCAUACCAAAGAAGUCGGGAGGAUGGAGACCCAUCCUGGACCUUCGAAAGCUAAACCGGCAUCUUCGGAGGCAGCGUUUCAAGAUGGUAACCUUAUCAACCAUUCUUCCGUCAUUGAACAAGAAGGAUUGGUUUGCAGUCCUCGACUUGCAAGACGCUUAUUUCCACGUAGAAAUUCACGUGGCACACAGACGUUUCCUUCGUUUCCGAUUGGGGAGCGAGCAUUACCAGUACAGGGUCCUACCAUUCGGCCUGGCAUGUGCUCCCAGGGUUUUCACCAAGAUGUUAGCAGUAGUCGCGGCCCACCUACGCAGACUAGGGGUGACAAUAUUCCCCUACUUAGACGAUUGCCUUCUCAGGGGUACGACCUAUAUGGAAACAUAUCAUAUGGUUCGGACAGUAUCCGACGAAUAUGCUACUCUGGGUCUUCUCAUAAACUUGAAGAAGUCAACACUAGUUCCAUCCCAAAAUCUCAUGUUCAUAGGUGCGCGCCUUGAUUCAGCUAUGGCGCGCGCAUAUUUACCGAUGGAACGUUUUAUAAUAAUCAAAGAAUUGAUACACACAGUGGUCCACGCUCCAACAAUUCCCACACGCGUCUGUCUACAGCUGUUGGGGCAUAUGGCUGCUGCCACCAUCGUAGUGUACAAUGCAAGGUUACGUUUUCGUUGCCUCCAGCACUGGUUAGCCACGGUUUACAUCCCGUCAAGACACAGUGUCCACAGACCGGUAGUGGUACCACAGUAUGUCCGGGAAUCCCUGCAGUGGUGGACCAACCCGACCAAUCUUCUCACGGGCGUCCCAUUUCAUCGCCCUCAGCCUACUAUACAAAUAACUACAGAUGCCUCCCUCAUAGGCUGGGGAACUCACAUGGGCAAUUCCACGGUCCAGGGACGUUGGUUGCCACGAGAAAUGCUACUGCACAUCAAUCUGCUCGAGUUGAGAGCGGUGCGGCAUGCCUGCAAGCAUUUUCAGUCACACAUUCAAAAUACAACGACCAGGAUUUUAACGGACAACAUGGCGACUAUGUUUUAUAUAAACAAGCAAGGAGGUGCCCGAUCCCGCUCUCUUUGCGCAGAGAGCAUCCGUUUAUGGAAUUGGUGUAUUGCCAACAACACUGUUCAAACAGCUUCCUACUUGCCGGGUAUCGACAAUUUAGUAGCGGACUCUCUCAGCAGGCGUUUUCCACACGACCAUGAGUGGGAGAUUCGCACGGACGUACUCAAUCGUAUUUUCGCUCGAUGGGGAUUUCCGACCAUAGAUCUGUUUGCAACAGAACUCAAUUUGAAAUGUCCCAAUUAUUGUUCGAGAGCCGGGAUAGGACAACACUCGCUGGGGGACGCCUUCCUUCUCCACUGGGGAAUGGCAGUACUGUACGCUUUCCCACCAACAGUAUUAAUUCCCAGGGUUCUCGAAAAGAUCAAUGUAGACAAAGCUCGGGUAAUCCUUCUAGUGCCAGCAUGGGCUCGUCAGCCUUGGUUUUCAAUGCUCUACCAGAUGUCAGUGAAAACGCCAUAUCCUCUACCUUCUCUUCCGAAUCUGUUGACCCAGGACAACGGAUCCCUCAGUCAUCCGCGACCAGAGGUCCUACACCUCACUGCAUGGAUGCUAGCUGGUUUACCGACUCCAAGCAAUCCUGCUCUCGGCGAGUCAAACAAGUGUUGAUGCAUAGUUGGAAACAAUCUACUCGAAUCGCUUACACAGCUAAGUAGGCAAAGUUCCAAGCAUGGUGUGCGGACAAUAACGUGGUCUCGCAUUUUGCACCCUUACCUUGUGUAU